AUGGCGGAUGAAGCGGGGAAAGCCCCUCAAACUGAAGCAUCAACAUUGGAAACGCAAACAGUUUCAGCUGAGAAUGAAUUGCAGCAGCAGCCAUCUACUACACCUCUGCCGUCUGACUUUGAGUCGUCUGCUGAAAAGCUGGAAAAGAUUAAGGAACGAUUCAAUCAACAGAUUCUUUUACGAAAGCAAUCAACUGUCAGCGGAUCUCCACCCGACGAAGCUUCGUUGUUAGAGAGAGUUAUGAAUGAAAAGGAUUGGGCUUCACCUAUACUAGAAGAGAACGAAAGGAAGCUGGCUGCUGCUGCUUCCGUAUCUGGUGCUAGUGAUGCUACAGUACCAAAAACAAUAAUUAUCGAUGCUAAUAGUAAUCACGCUGCCAAGCUUGACAAUACCAAUAUAAAAUCCUCUUCUUCUCCGAUCGACGAAGACGCUGUCGCUCCAUUAUUACCACCACGACCACGCCUUGGUGUGCCUGAUUUACGAGCACGACCAUCAUCUAUCGCAAUAGAAGCCAUAGUCGCAGCUGUACCAGAUGAAGAUCCCAAUGUAGAAUGUGAUCACCGUCGAUUUAUUGAUCCAGCUGGUCAUGCCACGUGUCUCAAAUGUAAAACUAGAAUAGCUCCAUUAGCAAAACUACAUGCUGAACGUGACGGCCUGCAGUACAAGCUUGAAAAUGCCAAAAAGAGGAUGGAAGAAACCAAUAAACGUGAGGAACAGCUGGAAUUGGAGUUUGAUAAACAGGCUGCUAUAGUAGCUGCCCUUCAAAAGGCACUAGAGGCUAAAGAAGCUGAAGUCGUCACAGUACGACGAGAUAUCCAGACAAUGGGUGAAAAACUCGUAGAUGAGAUUGAGAAACGAGCUGAAAUGCAGCAUUCAAAGGAAACCUUCCAAGAUGAAUUGGAGGAUUUGACGAAAAAGUUGUUUGAGGAAGCCAACAUCCUCGUGUCUGAUGAGGCCAGGAGGCGGCAUUUUCACGAGACUAGAGGAGUCGCUUUAGAAAAGCAACUAGGUGAAAUAAAACAGGAGUUACAGACGGCUCAUGAUCAAUUACGAGAGCUAAAGAGUAAAAUGGAACGAUACUUGAUAUCUAGAGAAGCCAGUCAAGACGAAUUCGACGAAUUUGCUAUCGAAGAGCCACCAUCAACGCCCAUGCUCGAAUCCACUGAACUCACUCACACUGAAACUGCAUCGACCGAGUCAUCAGAUAUAAUAAAUCCACGGGAUGUGACCAUGUCCGCUAGUAGUAGUACACCUAUACCCUCGUCCGUAGUAGCAACACCGUCUACCACCUCAUCACCGUCACGAUCUGCCGAUAAACGAGCAUCCUAUGGUCCUUUGGUUAUAGAAGAUGAGUUUGCCGACGUCAUUGAUCCCAUCCUAUAUGCCGAAUUCGUAGAGUUUUUGAGUCAGCCAAUGAGCAUGAAACUCAGUAAAAUAAAUUUUAUGAAGAAUGCACUAGAAGAUGAUGUAGAGCCAUGUCUCAAGUUUGGUGGUAAUCCUAGAACGAGCACCAAGAAACUUGUAGAUGCUAUGACCAUAAAUUCAGUCUUUGUAGAAGAAAUACCCAAGUCUGAAUUGCUAGCCGAGGAAGAACGAGAACGUAAAGCUAAAGACGCAUGGCAUGCACAAGAACAAGCGAGACUUGAAGCACAAGCUCGUGUAGAAGCAGCUAUAAGAGCUACUGAUGCUGGAUUGGGAAUUGAUGUAUCUGAACCUAGUGCUGGUGAAGGUCAUCCUACCAUCAAUGCAAGUGGCACAAAUCCAUCAUCAAGUGUGAUAACACCACAAGGUAGUCCGAGUCAUAAUAGUGCCUCAAUAACAUCUCCAAGUGGAUCACCACAAGCAAAAGCGGAUGUAGUCACGACAGCAUCGUCGUCUGCUAGUGCUGUGGCCGCUUCACUCUUACGAAAUCUGACACCUCGUGGGAUAACGGGAUCUGAAGAUCAUCUGCCACCCACUGCUCCAACCACAAAUAGUAGUAGCGCAGCAGCAGCCAAGGCAAUGCCCACCAAAGCCAUCUUUAACAAGACAAUAUGGGAACGAAUGUCUUCUGGCACUUUAACAGGUCGACCCGUAGCAGCACCACCCACAUCCGUCACGACUGUAACUAUAGAAGGCUAUACACCACCCGUAUGUAUGACAUGUGGUCGAACAGGUCGAUGUAGAUAUAGGUUCCGUAUAUCCGAAAACUCUAACGACGGGUGGAUUCCAGUAUGUAUGCAAUGUCGAGAUCGUAUAGUCGCCGCCUGUGAUUUCUACGAAUUCGUACGACAUGUCAGAAACGGAUUAUAUCGAGGUCGUAAACCAGAAGAGGUAUAUGUAGAGUCCUUAGCAGUCAAACGACGUAUGUUUUUCGCUAGGAUUGGAGCAGCUCAUUACGCCAAAGUGGAGCGAGGGUUGGGUAAAAUACGUAUUGGUAAACCUGGAUCACUGGCUUCCAAAGCUUCCAAUGUGUCUGUGAGCGCACAUGGUCUAGAUGCACCACCACCACGCAGCUCAUCUAUUAUACCGCCCGUUACUCCAACGAAUGAAUCAAGUGGUAGACGAUCGUCUGUAGCAUCGUCUUCGGAGGGGUUGGCACUUACAGAGUCAAGUAGAACAUCGGAGGAUGCGCAGGUACCAGCAAAACCUGUUGUUGAAUUGGGCGCUGAUGGUUUGCCUAAAAUGACGUUGAGCCCAUUGAUGCCCAAGUCAUUGUUGGACUAG